GAAUCUUCAGGCUGCCAUUGGAGCCUAUUAUGAUUUUGAGAGCCCAAAUAUCAAUGUACCCUCCAUGUCCUUUGUUGAAGAUGUCACCAUAGGAGAAGGAGAGUCCAUCCCUCCUGACACCCAAUUUACAAAAACAUGGAGGAUACAAAACACAGGGACAGAGGCGUGGCCCCCGGGGGUUUGUCUGAAGUAUGUUGGGGGAGACCAGUUUGGCCAUGUAAACAUGGUGAUGGUCAGGUCCCUGGAGCCCCAGGAGAUUGCAGACGUCAGCGUUCAGAUGUGCAGCCCCAGCACGGCAGGAAUGUAUCAGGGACAGUGGCGCAUGUGCACUGCCACAGGACUCUAUUACGGAGAUGUCAUCUGGGUGAUCCUCAGCGUGGAGGUUGGAGGACUUCUAGGAGUAACACAGCAGCUGUCAUCCUUUGAAACAGAGUUCAACACACAACCACAUCGCAAGGUAGAAGGAAACUUUAACCCAUUCGCCUCUCCACAGAAGAACAGGCAACCAGAUGAAAACAACCUAAAAGACCCUGGGGGUUCCGAGCUAGGCACAAUCAGCAAAAACACAUGGGGGCCUGCUCCUGACCAAAUCGAACAAGAUCAGAAUGGACUGUCACAAAACUCUGUAAAUCUCUCCCCCAGCAGUCACUCGAACAACUUGUCGGUAGUGACGUACAGUAAGGGUUUCCACGGUCCUUAUCCCUUCGGACAGUCUUAAAACAAAAACAAAAAACGGGUAUCGACAAGAGGAGAAUUUAACAAAGAACUGACUUAUGGGGAAGGGAGGGGGAUUCAUGUGGCAAGCAGACACAACGUGGAGCCCCCUUCUCUGCCUCCGUAUCCUGGAUAAAGAAGAAAACAAAACAAAAACCCGAUAACUUAAGACUAGCUGUUUCCAGAGGAAAAUACAAAAUCUAAGUAUGCAUGUGUGAAUGCUGAAUUUCAGGAGUGUUGUUUAAUGCUAUGAGAAAGAAAGUAUACCAACACCAUGGGGUUUUUUUUAGAAGUCAUUUUCACACGUAAUUAGGUAGCUUAAAAGUUUAAAAAAUUAAAAUGAAAAAGCCAUCUUUAAAAAAAAGAAUAUUUUGCCUACAGAGCGGUUGUAGUUUGAGCAAAUGUUUAAUUUUUGUUUGUUUCCUGUUCAUAUUUUUUUAAAUAAGGGACAGCGUGCAUUUUUAUGGAACUGUCAUGUUUUGCUUGCUACCGAAUGGGAACUUGCUUAGCAUCUUCUGGGGUUUGUGCAGUGACUUAUUUUUGUUGGACAUUUUUAAUGAGAGAUUGGGUCUUCACCCAGUUCUGCAUUUUAAUAGCACCUGCUGGUUUUAGUUACCAACUUUUAAAUCUUCUCUUAUUUCUUCUGUUUUUUCCUUUUGGUUUGGGUGUUGCUGUUAGUUGUCCUGCAUGUCACUGGAAAUGGUGCUGAAAAAAGGUCUCGGUAUCAGAGUUGGAGAGAAACUCUGGGACUGGGUUAGGAUAACAUGGAGGGCUCAUUUCCCUUCCCCUUGUACGUGAAGUACUCAUAAAUAGGCACCCGUGUUAACAAGAAAGAUUUAUUAAAGUUCCAGAGCUGUCCUAUGUGGUUAGCGUUUCAAAAUACCUUUUUGUUAACUCUUGAUAUACAGUAGCUGUGCCUAGAACAACCAAGCAAGCGUAUCAGUCUCGUGCCAAGAGGAAACUAUCUUUCUGUAGGCAUAAUUCACUUGAUAGUAGUUGUAAAGCUUUACAGAAGUCAUGUCCUUUUAGUUUUGAAUCUCCCUUUGCUGUCUCUCUCUUACGCAGAGUAAGUUUCAAUUCAUUUCUCCUGUGAGAAAGUAUUAGCUUAGCAAACAGAGGCUAUUUCAUUGCGUUUUUGAAUGUAGAGCAAGAGUUAGUAUCAUCAGCUGGAUUCCACUGUAUCGCCUUGUAUUCACUCGCCUUUGUCUUACUGGCUUGUAGCUUUUUACAGGUGAGGCUCUCACCUUCUAAGUGGGCUCUCCAGGGCACGUUGUCAGAGGAGGAAUUGCUCCUCAAACGGAGGUUGCUCUGCUGUUCUUUCGGUGUAUGUCCAUGCAGUUAUGGAUUGGGAGGUCCUAUGUGGGGAGAGGAA